GUGGCCGUUGUUUGUUUGUUUGUUUGUUGGAGCGGAGUUGUGCUCCGGGCGGAUGGAAGUGCGUGAGACGGGUUCCUCGGAGCGACAGACGGGUUGACGGGUCCAUGGAGGAGCUGGACUUCCGGCUGGUGUUCGAGGAGGACGCGCGCGCCGCAGGUCCAGACCUCAGCGCUCAGACUCUGGUGGAGCAGCUGGUCGGCCAGGAGCUGCACAACUUCCCCCACCACCACCAUGAGUCUCAGGGGCCCCAGUACGGCGCCCUGGGGAACCCCAGAACCUUCGACUGCCCGAGUAUCCAGAUCACCUCCAUCGCGCCGAACAACCACGUGGAGCCGGGCGGCCACCGGGGAGCGUCGUCGGUGGGGGGGGCGGAGGGGGGUCACCCCGAGGCGUCCUGGUCCCGAGGCCAGCUCUACCUGCCCCUGGACCCGUGCUACCGGGACCCGGCGCUCUGCCCGAGCCCCUGCAGCAGCCUGUCCUCCCGGAGCUGGAUGUCCGACCUCUCGUCCUGCGAGUCCGUCUCCCAGGUCUACGACGACGUGGAGGCGGCGCUGCGCGCCGCCGCCCGCCUCGCCCUGGGGUCCCCCCUCAGCCGGGGGUCCCCAAUCGGGUCUCCUCUGGGGUCCCCGGGCUGCGGGGGCGGGGCCUUCGGGGUGGAGCUGUGGCAACAAAAGUACCAACAUCCUUUAUCCUCCAGCCCGGCGCUGUCGCCCCACCAGUCGCCCCGCCAGUCGCCCCGCACCAGCGUCACCGAGGAGAGCUGGCUGAGCCGCCGCCCCCCCUCCAGGCCGACGUCGCCCUGCGGGAAGAGGCGUCACUCCGGCGCCGACCCCCCGGCCGGCUCGCCGACCGCCCACCGCUCCCCCAGCCCCACGCCGGGCGCCUCGCCGCUCGGCUCCCUGACGGACGACGUCUGGGUGGGGAGCCCCUCCGCCGGCGCCCUGGGGCCCCUUCUGAUGGCCAGCUACCAGGAGCUGGACGUCCCCUCCAAGACCAGGAGGACCCAGCUGGGCUUCCUGGCCGGCCAAGGAGACCCGGGGCUGGAGGCCUUCCUGGACUCGCCCGGCGAGGAGGGCCUGGACCAGGACGGCCUGGCGGACCUCUUCUUUGAGGUGCCCUCCCACUUCAGCUGGAACAAACCCAAACCCGGGAACCCGCCUCUGUUCAGGACCUCGUCGCCCCCCCCUCUGGACUGGCCCCUGCCCAGCCAGUAUGACCAGUGUGAGCUGGAGGUGGAGGUCCAGCCCAGGUCGUACCACAGGGCGCACUACGAGACGGAGGGCAGCAGAGGGUCCCUGAAGGCAGCAUCAACUGCAGGGCAUCCUGUUGUCAGGCUCACUGGCUCUGCCCCUCAGCCGCUCAGCCUCCAGCUCUUCAUCGGCACCGCAGACGACCGCUACCUGCGUCCUCACUCUUUCUACCAGGUGCACCGCGUGACGGGGAAGACGGUCGCCACCACGUGCCACGAGAAGAUCGUGGGAGGCACCAAGGUCCUGGAGAUCCCUCUGCUCCCGGAAAACAACAUGGCCGCCAGCAUCGACUGCGCCGGCGUCCUGAAGCUGCGGAACGCCGACAUCGAGCUGAAGAAAGGGGAGAUGGACAUCGGGAGGAAGAACACCAGGGUGUGUGUUGUGUUCAGGGUCGCCGUCCCUCAGCCGGACGGACGGGCGCUGUGGCUGCAGACCACGUCCACGCCGGUGGAGUGCUCCCAGCGCUCCGGUCAGGAUCUCCCUCUGGUGGAGAGCUUCAGUCCCGCCAGCUGCUCCGUUGCCGGGGGAGACGAGCUGCUCAUCAGCGGCACCAACAUCUCCACCCAGUCCAGGGUGGUGUUCACGGAGAAGGGCUCCGAUGGAAGGCCUGUGUGGGAGAUGGACGGCAGGGUGGUGCCGGAGAAGAGCAGCUCGACCCGCCUCCUGGUGGAGGUUCCUCCGUACUGCAGGAAGACCUCCGAGCCGGUCCCGGUCCAGUUCUACGUCUCCAACGGGAAGAGGAGGAGGAGUCUGCCGCAGACCGUGACCUUCCUGCCCGGAGUCGGGCGCCGCCCCCCCGCGGUCAAACAGGAGCUCUGGGAGACGGACCGCGUCUCCCACAAUGCACCUGGCCAGCAAGCGCUGGGACCGGACCUGGUUUAUUACGACUCCCGGGACGCCCCGGUGCAUUGUGGUCCUCCCGCGCAGAGCGCGCCUCGUCUCCAUCACCCCCCUCCGUCCUCUGUCCCCCCUCAGACCUCCAUGCUGCCCCCCCAGACCUCCUCAGUGGCGCUCCAGGCCUUCACCGCCCCCCCUCAGGCCUCCAUGCUGCCCCCCCAGACCUCCUCAGUGGCGCUCCAGGCCUUCACCGCCCCCCCUGGUGCGACUCGGAGGGGAGAGCCCUCCCCCCUGGGGUCCAGAAGAGCUUUUGAGACCCCCGCUGACCCCCUGAAGGACUCUCAGGCCUCGGGACCGGCGCUGAGGGUCAAGCGGGAACCGGACGACGGUCCACAUCUGGAACAUCAGGAACAUCAGGGCCUCCAGGAGAUCACGCUGGACGACGUGAGCGAGAUAAUCGGCCGAGACAUCGGCAGCAUCCGGUUCGACCAGCUGGACCAGUACCACGAGCUGGACCAGUACCACCAGAACCACGGGGCUCCGUAGACCACUUCUCUUCAUCUUGGACAAAAACAACCAAACUGAUCCUCAAGUGCCUGAAGAGAACCAAUCAGAAGCCUCCGACUGAAGCCCCUCCCCCUCAGGGCGACUGCCUCAGGGAUUAUUAACGGGACUCGAAAACCAAAGACGCUGUUUUAGUUUUGUAAAUCGUUUUAGGUUGAUAGAAUUGUAAAAAACAACAACAAACAAGAGGGCUGAAGGUCGACUGUUGCGUAAUCGGAAAACAAUCGACGACGUCGUCGCAGCUGAAAAUAAAAUCAAUAUUUAUUGGCCUGUUA